ACAUCUUCUGCACCAUUAGCAGUAGUUCCGUGUGAGAUUCUCAUUUCCCCCAAUUUCUUUCCUCUCCUCUAGAACUAGAAUCAACCAAGUUACUCUCCUAACAAAUGGCGGAUUGGGGACCAGUGUUAAUAGCGGUGGUGCUGUUCGUGCUGUUAUCACCAGGGCUGCUGUUCCAGUUACCCGGCCGUGGAAAAGUGGUGGAGUUCGGUGGUAUGCAAACGAGCGGUGCAGCCAUUUUGGUCCACACCGUCAUUUACUUUGGCCUUAUCACCAUCCUCCUCAUUGCCGUUGGCGUCCAUGUCUACACCGGCUAAGUAUACUCGCGACUUUACUUAGAUCUACUGGGUCUCUGCUCGAAUCAGAAAUUUUUAUUUGUUGCUCUCGAAUUAAGGUGUACUUUUUCUUUGGUAAAAAACUGUUAAGUAUCGGUAUGGAUCUUAAUUUGCUAAGCAGAUUGUACCAUUAAACUAGUCUGGUUGUUGAUUUUCUUCGAUUAGUUGUAUAUGGGGCGUUUUGCGUUAGAA